AUGCGCCCGGCGCCAGGGGCACGCCCGCCCGCGCUGCGCUCAUUGGCUGGCGCGGGGCGGCCGGACCUGGACCAAAGGGGGCGCGCGGCGCCCGACCUGCGCCGGGCCGGGCGGUGGGUGCUUCCCUCACCCAUCCACGGAGACCUGGAGACUCUGACCGGGGGUUCUUGCUUCCACCGUCUGCUUCCCGCCCGCUGCGUCCACCUUCCCGGGAAGUGGUAG